AUGCUUUCUGCUCUCAAAUCCGAAGAAACGAGCCAGAUGCAGCUCGUUGAGCGAGAAGAAAUCGACGACGAUGACGAUCUGUUCGAAGCGAUCGAUAAACUGGUCGCUCAAGGUAUAAACGCUGGAGAUGUGAAGAAGCUGCAAGAUGCUGGGAUCCAUACCUGUAAUGGUCUGAUGAUGCAUACCAAGAAGAACCUCACUGGAAUCAAAGGUUUAUCAGAGGCCAAAGUUGAUAAAAUCUGUGAAGCAGCUGAGAAGAUAGUGAACUUUGGAUAUAUGACUGGAAGUGAUGCUCUUCUAAAGAGAAAAUCAGUUGUGCGUAUCACUACAGGCUGCCAAGCUCUUGACGAUCUCUUAGGAGGUGGAAUUGAAACCUCAGCCAUCACAGAGGCUUUUGGGGAAUUCAGGUCUGGGAAAACUCAGUUAGCACAUACCCUUUGUGUCACUACGCAGCUACCUACAAACAUGAAAGGAGGGAAUGGAAAAGUGGCUUACAUCGACACUGAAGGAACCUUCCGCCCUGAUAGAAUUGUCCCAAUUGCUGAAAGAUUUGGAAUGGAUCCAGGAGCUGUGCUUGACAAUAUCAUUUAUGCUCGUGCUUACACCUAUGAGCAUCAGUACAACUUGCUUCUUGGCCUUGCUGCAAAAAUGUCUGAGGAACCAUUUAAGAUUCUGAUUAUUGACUCGAUCAUUGCUUUAUUCCGAGUUGAUUUCACUGGAAGAGGGGAACUCGCAGACCGUCAGCAAAAAUUAGCACAAAUGCUCUCCAGGAUAAUCAAAAUCGCAGAGGAAUUCAAUGUUGCUGUGUACAUGACUAACCAAGUGAUAUCGGACCCAGGCGGUGGAAUGUUCAUAUCAGAUCCAAAGAAGCCAGCAGGUGGUCAUGUUCUGGCUCACGCGGUAACCAUCAGGCUCAGUUUCAGGAAAGGCAAAGGAGAGCAACGUGUCUGCAAAGUCUUUGACGCACCAAAUCUGCCUGAAGCCGAAGCAAUAUCCUUUUUAACAUAUUUAAAAUCUUUAAAAAACAAGAAGCACGUCUUUCAGAUUACUGCAGGAGGCGUUGCAGAUGCGAAGGACUAG